ACGUGAAAAAUUUUUAUCGAUAGUUAAUAACCAGUCGAGUCGUGAAUUGUUUGACCCGAAAGAUACGGAAAUGGUUGGCCAUAAGGACUGGUGGAUCGAACGGUUCCUAUUGGACACCAAUAACCGAGAGGACGAAGCACUCGACCGAUUGGUCUCAACAAUGAAAUGGCGUAAACAGUCGGGUGUCAACCAAUUGACCGCCCGAUCAUUUCCCGCUGAAAUGUACCGAAUCGGUGGUUUGGUUAGGUUUUGUCGGGAUCGCAACGAUCGACCGGUGCUAUGGAUACAAACGUUCAGACACCGGCCGUGCAGCCAGUGGUCAGCACUGGCCAAACAAUUUAUUGUCUAUCAACUGGAACUUAUUGAUCGGGAGUCCAUUAGUCACUCGGGUUGGUCAAUGAUUGCCGAUACUAGUCAACUAUCUAUGGCCAACAUGGACAUCGGGUACAGUAAUUUUAUGAUCAAUUGUUUGCAACAGCACUAUCCGGGAGGUGUCCGCUAUUUGUUGAACAUUGAUUUACCGUGGUAUAUGAAUCUGGCCGUUGCGGUAAUUAUCGGUUUUAUGGACCAACAUCUACGUAGUAUUUAUCGAUCGGUUACCAGUGAGGAACUAACCGAUUAUUUAUCGGCCGAUUCGAUACCUGUACGAUUGGGCGGUAAUUAUAACCGAUCAUUGAUUACGGUUCCCGAUGGUGUCCAAACAUUAGCCGAUGGAUUUGGCCAUAUGUUUACCCGAAAACAAAUUGCCGAUAUUCAGGAAACAUUUGUCGAUGAAUUAAAUGAAAGUAAUUAA